AUGUGUGUGUGUGUUGGUGCAUUUGUCUUGGGUGGCCGGAGCAGCGUUGGGGAAAUUCCGCUUAUUCUUCUUCUUCUGCAACUUGUUAUUCCGGAGAGUCUGCCUGCACCCCUCACCCCGGGGCCGGCCCUCCCGCACUCGCCCCCACCGCCCGCGGCCGCGGGGCGCCCCCGGGACCCCGAGCGGGCCGGGGCCGGCAAGAGAGGGGCCGCGGCCGCCCCUCCCCCGCCCGCGCCCCCGCCGGGGGGAGGGGCGCGCGGAGUGGGACUCUUUCCGUUUGGUCCAGCCCCGUCGUGCACGCAGUUCCCAACACUUCUCGUCAUCCUCUCUUUGGUCUCUUUAUUCUGCUGA